AGGUGAGAGGCAGAGAGUGGAGAAACCCAGAGAGAGCGCAGACUGUGACAGCUGUUAGUGUUUAAUUGAGCCAUAAAGCCUCCAGAUCUCAGUGUCAGGGAUGGCUGAAAAAAUCUUAAAUCUUUUUUAUUUGCUGCUUCUGCUCUCAGUUUGCCUUUUACUUUUUAAUUUACCAUCAGAAUAUUCACUGAGCAAAAUCAGAUGGCCAUCUUUCUCAGUAAAAAUAAGACACAGAGCUCAAGAAUGGUUGGUUGACUUUGGAGCUGAAAAGGGAAACUCCACUUCACCUACUGUGUUUACACAGACAACAAAACAUCCUGAUUACACCAAAAAAAAAAACGUGACAGAGAUGAAAAAUGAUCAAAUGGGACCUACCCGAGGCGCUGUGGCUGAGACUCCCAUGCCCGUCCUCCUCAAAAGCUCCUACAAGAAGCUUCCUGAGUGGGAUUUUGAGGAUAUUUAUAACCAGGAUGCUCCACCCAGACAGACAACGUGUGCCAAGUCUCUGCGAAACUCUGAGGAUGAGAACUUUAAGAAGAAUUUCCUUCCCAACAUACGCUUGUAUAUGCACAAAGACAACGUCAACAUGAGCGAGUGGAACCGACUUUCACAUUUUAACAAUCCCUUUGGUUUUAUGGGGUUUAAGCAUGAUGAUGUAAUGACUUCAGUGAAGUUGAUCCCAAAGCCCAAAGAGCCACUCCUCCUUCCAAAGCCAGGCGCAGACGGGUGUGUGUCCUGUGCUGUGGUAGCUGGUGCGGGAAUACUCAAUGGCUCAAAAAAGGGAGAAGAGAUCGAUGCUCAUGAUUAUGUUUUCCGGAUGAACGGCGCGAUCACGAAAGGUUACGAAGAAGACGUGGGAAACAGAACAUCAGUGUACGUUCACACGGCCCACUCAAUCACUUCAUCACCAAAUGUGUUGAGGAGUUAUGGAUACAAAAAUGUCCCUAAUGAUGAGUCAUCCUUUUUUUGGCAGGGUAUAAUAUAUGUGAUGAUUCCUGAAGCGAUGAGGGAUUUCAACUGGCUCGAGGGUCUUCUCAAAGGAGAAAGGAUCAGUGAUGGCCCGUAUAAAAACAGGAGGCCACGGACGUACUAUGCAGGGCAGUACAAUGAGACGCGCUUCUAUGUUCUUCACCAGGAUUUCCUCAGAUACGUGAAAAACAGGUUCUUAAAGUCUCGUGGUCUGCUUACUUCACACUGGGCGAUAGUCAGACCGACCAAUGGGGCAUUCACUCUCUUCCUAGCUCUGCACACCUGCGACACUGUGAGUGCAUAUGGAUUCAUGACUGACGACUACAAGGAAUACUCCAACUACUACUUUCAGAAGAUCAAGAAAAAUGUGGUUUUCUAUGCCAACCACGACUAUAUCAUGGAGAAAAAUCUGUGGAAAAACCUUCACGAUAGCAACAUCCUUAAUCUAUAUCAAAGAACAAAUUCAACACAAGAGCCAGGAAAGGAAAAUAAACUCUGAUACAGGUAGAAUGGCAUUAAUGGAACCCAUUAUUUUAUAUAACUGUUAUAUUUGUAUUAUCAUAUAUGUUACAAAAGAAAGUGGAAGACAAUGUGUGGCAUGCUCUUUCACAAUCAGUGGCAUGUUGCAAAGGCUCUGUUCUAGAUGCAUGUGAAUUAAUGUCAACAUCUCGCUUUAUAGUAAUAUUGGGUAAUGUUCGCCAAAUUGAAAAGAUGAAUAAAUGUUUGAAAAUCGUAAA